UUUUACGGCCAACAUGGCUCUUGUGUAGCAUGCGUGUGAUGCUAGUGAUGCGUGUGUCUGUGAUGUUAAGCGAGGGUGGCUUGUUGUUGUAGUGAGUGAACGGCAAAGACAUGAAAGUGAAAGUGCUGUCGAGAAACCCUGAUGACUACCUGAGAGAAACCAAGCAUGACAUUCACAAAGUGCAACGCAACUUUGACCCGAGCCUGCACCCAUUCGAGGUGUGUCGCGAGUACACACGAGCCCUGAAUGCGGUCAAGUUGGACAAGAUAUUUGCGCGACCCUUCCUUGGCAGCCUGGAUGGCCACAGGGAUGGAGUCCAGGUGCUGCAGAAGCACCCCAGGUUCCUCGCCCAACUCUUCUCCGGUGCCUGUGACGGAGAGGUGAAGGUGUGGAAUCUGGCAGAGCGCAAGUGCGUACGAACCCUUCAGGCUCACCAGGGCAUGGUGCGAGGAAUCACAUUUCCGGGUGAUGGCCAGCGCUUCAUCACGGUGGGGGACGACAAGAACAUCAAGACGUGGCGGGCCGAGUCGCCAUCCUGGGGUGAGCCAGACGAGCCGGUGCACACCAUCCUCACUCGGGGUGUUCUGACAGGCAUCACUCAUCACCGUCGAGAUGCACUGUUUGCCACCUGUGGUGAGAACGUCCACCUGUGGGAGCACGCACGCUCUGAGCCACUGCGCACUCUCAACUGGGGUGUCGACACCGUCUACGCAGUCCGCUUCAAUCCAAUUGAGGUGAACGUGAUGGCGAGUGCAUCGAGUGACCGAAGCAUUGUGCUGUACGACACACGAGAAUCUCAGCCACUGCGGCGGGUUUUCCUCGAAAUGCGCUCCAAUACCGUUUGCUGGAACCCCAUGGAGGCCUUCAUUUUCACCUGUGCCAACGAGGACUACAACCUGUACACGUUCGACAUGCGGAAGCUGAAGUCCGCCAUCAAUGUGCACAUGGAUCAUGUCUCGGCUGUGAUGGAUGUUGAUUAUUCUCCAACCGGGAAGGAGUUUGUUUCCGGCAGUUAUGACAAGACUGUGCGCAUCUUCACAACAGACCAUGGCCACAGCAGGGAGGUGUACCACACAAAACGGAUGCAGCGGCUCUCCUGUGUCCUGUGGUCAUUGGACAACCGGUACAUUGUCACUGGUUCCGACGAAAUGAACAUCCGCCUCUGGAAGGCCUAUGCGUCCCAGAAGCUUGGAAUGCUGAGCCACCGGGAGCAGAUGGCGUUCCAGUACCAGGACAAGCUGAAGGAGCGCUUCAGGCAGCACCCACAGGUGCGCCGCAUUGCCCGCCACCGGCAUGUUCCCAAGCACAUCCACAAUGCUCAGAAGGAGAAGCAGGCCAUGCUCGCAUCACAGAAACGCAAAGAGGCCAACCGCAGGGCUCACAGCCGUCCUGGCACCGUUCCCUACAAGGCAGAGCGGACCAAGCACAUUAUCAACGAGGAGCAGUGAGGCGAAUAAA